AGUGCAGGUUCUCUGCAGCGCUGCACAGUUUCAUUUGGGCCUCCUGGACGUCGUCUGGUGCUCUGCCAUCAUGAAACUGAAGCUGCUCCUCAUUUUCCUCUUCUUGGCUGUGCUCCUUAUCCCCACUGAAUCGAAACCCAAAGACAAACACAAAGACAAACACAAAGACAAACCAAGAGGACACGGGCGGGAGAAAAAGAAGCAAACAUUUGAAGAUAUAAUUGAAGAUAUCGUCUUCAAGGAGUCAUCUGAUGACGAUGACGAAGAUCAUCCUUUUUUGGACUGGCUUCAUGACCUUCAGGAUCUAGAUGGCAAGUGUACACCCAAUCCCUGUCUCAACAAUGGUGUGUGUAAGCAAAAAGGCAGGAGAGGGUACAAAUGUGACUGUCCCGAGCCCUUCAGGGGAAGGAGAUGCGAGAAAGGCCCGAAAGUGUGCAGAAGAGGUGUUUGUGGUCGGGGUGAGUGUGUGCUGACUUCAACCGCUCCUUUCUACGAGUGCAAAUGCAAAUACCCGUUCCAGCCUCCAGACUGCAAACGAUAUUCUGUGUGUGAGCGGAACCCGUGCAGAAACGGUGGCCAAUGUGUUCGUGACGGGAAUGACUUUGACUGUCAGUGUCCCGAAGGGUUCAGUGGACGCUUCUGUCGUGUUGGUCCAAACGACUGCUAUGUGGAUGACGGCGAGUCUUACCGUGGGAAUGUGAGCGAGACAGAUGAUGGCUUUGAGUGCCUCUACUGGAACUCCCACUUCAUCCUGGAAAACGGAAUUGAUCCCUUCAACUCGUUUGAGGAUGAUGACGGCCUUGGCCCUCAUAACUUCUGCAGAAACCCAGAUGGAGAACCAAAACCCUGGUGUUUUUUCAGAAGAGGACUAAGAUUGUUUUGGGACUACUGCGAUGUGAAUAAAUGUCCUAAACCAACAGGCGGACCCAAACCUCCUACUGGUGACCCGCCGACCCCUACUGGUGGCCCCCAGACCCCUACUAGUGGUCCCCAGACCCCUACUAGUGGUCCCAAGCCUCCUACAGUUCAGCCGCCACCGACUCCCUCUGAAGCAGCAAAGACCACCAAGGAACCGAUAGGCUCCCCCGUUGUGCCAUCUCCAUCUCCUGCACCAAAACAGUUCGAAACUUGCGGAGUGGCUCAACCAAAAAAGAUCUUAACUCGAAUCUUUGGGGGUCUGAAAGUCAGUCCCGGAGCAAUACCCUGGCAGGUUUCUGUGCAACAGAAACCAAAGAACUCCAACAUGAAAUACAGCCACGUCUGUGGAGGAGUUCUGAUCGAGAGCUGCUGGGUUCUGACAGCUGGACAUUGCGUUGAACAAAACAAGGACAUGCAGGUGGUGAUGGGUACCCUGUCACUGGACACACAUGAUCCUGCAGCUCAAGUCAUUCAAGUUGAGAAUGCAAUUGUCCACGAGAACUACAGGGAGACUUCUGAAGCUGUUUACAACGACAUAGCUUUGUUAAGACUUAGGGGGACAAAUGGAGUUUGCGCAAAUGAGACCCAGUUUGUGAAGACAGCUUGUCUGCCCAGUGGCCAAAUCUCUGAUGGGACUGAAUGCACCAUUUCUGGAUGGGGGGCCACCGAGGACUCGAAUUAUGGAUCAAAUCACCUGUUAGAGGCUAAUGUUCUGCUGAUCAGCCAGACAAAGUGCUCUGAGCCAGCUAUUUACGGGAACGUCCUAAAUAAUGGCAUGUUCUGCGCUGGCCACCUGCAAGGAGGCGUUGAUUCCUGCCAGGGGGAUUCUGGAGGACCACUGACUUGCAAGCAGAAUAACACCAGUGUUGUUUAUGGUGUGGUGAGCUGGGGAGAUCAGUGUGGAAAGAAAAACAAACCAGGAGUCUACUCAAGAGUCUCUAACUUCCUCGACUGGAUCAAUUCAAAGACUCAAGGACCUGCUUAAAUAACCCAAGGAUACUAGUUAUGAACAUACCAGCGUGUUUGGCUGAGAAUUAAGAUGUGAUUGAAGUUUUUCUCUGUGUUGUUUCAUAACUGCCCUGCACCUGAUUGAACUCUUAUGAAGCCUCCCAAAAAAAACCCUGAAAUUUUCUCAACAUAUUUUGUAACUUUCUCACAGGCGAAUGUGAAAAAUAAUUUGAAAAAAACCUCAAUAAAAGUGUGCUCCACUGUGUUCCGUCAGGGAUACAAUGUCUAACCUUU